AUGGAAGAAGAAGAAAAUAUGGUGAUCAUGGAUUUGAUAUGCCCUAGAAAGUUAAACUUCAAUGCUCCUCUUUUGUCAACAAAGCGUCUCAGUUAUUCAGAUCUUCCGGUUUCAUCUAGCUUGUCGAAUUCACUUGAUACAGUGGAAAAUACUAGAGUUCCAUUUUCAUGGGAACAAUCCCCCGGCAAGCCAAAGGACUUGGAGAGGCGUGAUAGCAUCGGCGAUGGAGACACCCCUCGGCCGAGACUUCCUCCUUGCCUCUGGCGUCCACUCAAAGUAGCUGUUGAACCUGUUGUAGAUAUUGGUGUUAUUGCCUUUGAUAAAGACGAUGGUUGUGAUGGUGAUAACGACGAUGACAACAGAAAGACUGAUGUUUUCUCGGAUGCAUUCGAUGUUUUAUCUCUAUCAGAAACAUUUGACAUUAUCCAACAAUCAGAGACAGCAGUUCAUAGUCAUAUCAAUGAUGGUUUGCGAUUAAAGCUUGAAGAGUCUAAUGGUGAUCAAUCUCCAACUUACAUGAUUAACCGCUUUCUUCCUGACGCCAAUGCGUUGGCUGCAUCAUCUGUUUUACAUUUUUCCAAUGAUUUCAACAAGAACGUCUGUGAUCCCAGAAAUCAUGAGGUUUGUCUCGCAGGUUCAGAUAGAAAUUCUUGUGCUUCUUCUUCUCCAAAAGGUUGUGGCUUGGGACUUCUCUUCUCUUGGGGUAUGAAGCAUAAGUUUUGUUCUAUAAAAAGCCCUGUUCUGCCAUGCUCUACAAAUGCAGAGAAGUAUCAUCAUAGUUCAAAGCAUAAGAAACAUUGUUCACCGGUCCACAAAAACCAUGUACUGGUGUGA